GCAGAAUUCGGAUAACGAUGGCCGUUAGCGCUUCGCGUGUAGAGGAGCUAAUUAAUUAUUUUAAGUCACAUAACAAAAUUCGAGAACAACAGAGCCAUUCGGCGAAGGUGCACAGCGUAGGAUGGAGUUGCGACGGCAAAUACUUAGCUUCGGGCUCCUUCGACAAAUCCGUUUGCAUAUUCUCGCUGUGCCCGGAUCGUUUGAAGCAGGAAACGACUUUCAGAGGACAUGGCGGUAGCGUAGACCAGUUGUGCUGGCAUGCUUUUUGUCCAGAAUUAUUAUCUACUGCAAGUGGAGACAAGACAGUUCGCAUCUGGGAUACAAGAACACAAAAGUGUACAGCAAAUAUUAGCACUAGAGGAGAAAAUAUUAACAUAUCAUGGUCGCCAGAUGGUAAUACAAUUGCUGUAGGAAACAAGGAAGACUUGGUCACGUUCAUCGAUGCUCGGGUGAUGAAAAUACGUGCAGAAGAGCAGUUUAACUUUGAGGUAAACGAGAUCUCGUGGAAUAAGGAUUCAGAUACGUUUUACCUGACAAAUGGCCAGGGUUGCGUGCAUAUACUUAGCUAUCCAGAGCUGGAGUUGUUGCAUGUGAUCAAGGCGCAUCCAGGUACUUGUAUCUGCAUUGAGUUUGACCCAACCGGCCGGUAUUUCGCCACUGGAUCCGCGGAUGCACUGGUCUCUCUGUGGGAUGCCGACGAGUUGUGUUGCUUGAGGACGUUCUCGCGGCUAGAAUGGCCAGUUAGGACUAUCUCCUUCUCAUAUGACGGACAACUCCUAGCAGCGGCUUCCGAGGACUUAGUCAUAGACAUCGGCGAAGUGCAGACUGGCGAGAAGAUUGCUGAUGUUCCAGUAGAAGCAGCGACAUUCACUGUUGCAUGGCAUCCAAAACAAUAUCUCUUAGCUUAUGCGUGUGACGAUAAGGACUCUUACGAUCGGAAACGCGAUGCCGGUAGUUUAAAGGUAUUUGGUUUUGCAAAUGAUUGAAUUUCAUUGUUUUGUAUCUUUUGUUUUAGAUCUUGUUGUGCUUUCGAGAAAUAUUGUCAUAUUUCAUAAGUA